GCAUGAUGAUCUCCUCACUAGCAACUGAUCUCUCUCCCUCAUUUCCUCUGUUUCCACUGCUCUAAUCCCUCUCUCUCUCUCUCUCUUCCCCCUUCCUCCCUCUUUCCCCUGCUCUCUUUCUUUAAAAAGCUUCCCCUUCAGCUUACUGAGAUGGCCACAGUUGAGGUUGCUGCAGCUACUGCACCAUUGGCCGAGAAUGAGGCCCAGGCUGCUGAGAUGGUAGAGACCAAGGAGCCAGCAGCAGCUGAAGAGGUGGCUGCACCAGCAGCUCCGACAGCUGAGCCUGAGGCAGCUGCCAAAGAGCCCAAGGAAGAAGCCACCACCGAGGCCCCCAUAGCCAAGGCUGCUGAGCCUGAGGCCACCCCAGCAGAAACAGAAGCCGAAGCCCCAGCAGAGGUCAAGACCAAGGAAGUCGUAGUGGAGACUAAGGUUGACACUGAGGAGGCGGCUUCAAAGGAAGAGGCGCAAGAGGAAGUGAAGACAGAGAAAGCUGCUCCGGCUGAGGAAGCCAAGGAAGAGGCUGUUGAGAGUACACCAGCAGCAGCAGAGGAGGCGGUUCCAGCCGAGGAUGACAAGAAGCCAGUUGCCGAGGAGAAGCCAGAGGUGGCCGCAGCCCCACAAGUCGCUGCAGAGAAAGCCGAGGAGUAGAGAGAGCAUGCAUUACUUACAUGAUCAUCUUGGGGAGGGGAGAGAAGAACAGAGUUAGACUGCUUGAACAAAUGCAUGUUUGGUAUGAUGUUCUUAAUUUAGUGAUUUCGGAGAGGUUGAGGUUUUGCUAUGGUGGUAUGGUGUGUUUAUUUAUGAGUAUGUUACCUGAUCAUAUUUUAGACAUUAUAUGAUAUGAUAUGAUCAAUAAAAAACUACAUCUCCUUUGUUCUUU